GCCCCUCGGACGGUGCGGCCAGCCCCGCGCGGCCCUGCCCUGCGAGUAGACCCGGGCGACCCGGGCCCGAUACACAGAGUUUCCCCCUCCCCACGCGCUCGGGGAACUCAUUCAGGCGCGUGCGGUUAAGGGGCGCCCGCACCCCGCACCCAGAUUGAUACCGUACCUCGGAUGAAACCAUGACCAGGUGGGCACGAGUCACUACCACACACAACAAAAGACCCUUGCCUGCAACAUCAUGGGAGGAUAUGAAGAAGGGGUCCUGUGAGGAAAAAAGCCAAAGCCUACCAAAGAGUAAACAGCUUGAAGCCAAUAGGCUGUGCCUUAAAAAUGGUGCACACCAAGCAAAACACAAAAAGAAUAAAAAGAAAAAGGACUACUUAAAUGAAGAUGUGAAUGGAUUCAUGGACUACCUCAGACAAAAUUCACAGAUGGUUCACAAUGGGGAAAUAAUAACAGACAGUCGGGAAGUACGGGAAGAAAUUGAAGUUGCUUUAAAGAAAGAUAGUCGCAGAGAAGGAAGACGGUUAAAGAGACAAGCAGCAAAGAAAAAUGCAAUGGUAUGUUUUCAUUGUAGAAAACCUGGCCAUGGGAUUGCAGAUUGCCCGGCCGCCCUUGAGAAUCAAGAUAUGGGCACUGGAAUAUGUUAUCGGUGUGGAUCUACAGAGCAUGAAAUAACCAAGUGCAAGGCUAAAGUAGAUCCAGCUCUUGGUGAAUUUCCUUUUGCAAAAUGUUUUGUUUGUGGGGAAAUGGGGCACCUGUCCGGAUCUUGCCCUGAUAAUCCCAAAGGAGUCUAUGCUGAUGGUGGCUGCUGCAGACUUUGUGGCUCUGUGGGACAUUUUAAGAAGGAUUGCCCUCAAAGUCAGAAUUCAGAUCGAAUGGUUACAGUUGGUCGCUGGGCAAAGGGGAUGAGUGCAGACUAUGAAGAAAUUUUGGAUGUGCCUAAACCACAGAAACCCAAAACGAAGAUACCUAAAGUUGUUAAUUUUUGAUAAUGACUAGGACUAUCAUAAGUUACCAUCUCAUUGUUAUAUUCUGAACUGGGCCUUCUUCACAAGUUGGAGCUGGGCUCCCUUGGAGAGGCCUAUAUUGUAGAUAUUGGUAUGAUCUGGGGAAGUCAAAUAGUUAACUGAGUUCUGUCCAAGGAGCACUUCUGCCUGGAGAAAAUCACUGAAGAAAAGCAUAAGAUGUUUAAAUUGGAUUCUUUAAAAUAACUUUUUUAGCAGAACUUACGUGUAACUAAGUGGUUAUAGACCUAAUUGUAGCAAUCAUCUUUUUAAAAAAAUAUAUAUUUUUAUUGAUUUCAGAGAGGGAGAGGGAGAGAGAGAUAGAAACAUCAGUGAUGAGAGAGAAUCAUUGAUUGGCUGCCUCCUGCACACCCCCCACUGGAGAU